AUGGCCACUCCAAACUUGAACGAGAUCCAUGAUUUCCUGAUCUCAUUGGCCUUCAAGGCCGGAGACAUCAUUAACAAUGCACUCCCAGAAACCAAUGACACAGGUUCGAAGAAGAACAGCGCCGACUUGGUCACCGAGUAUGACCGCGCAGUCGAGAACAUGAUCUCCACGUCGCUGAGGGAGAAAUACCCUGAUUAUGAAUUUCACGGGGAGGAAACCUACGACCCAGCUCGCCCAUUGACAGAUGCUCCUACCUUCAUUGUCGACCCAAUUGAUGGUACAAUCAACUUUGUGCACGCCUUCCCCUUCGCCUGUGUGUCGCUCGGAUUCGCCGUCGGCCGAGUCCCCACCGUGGGAGUGGUCUAUAAUCCAUCGACCAAAACCCUGUACUCCGCUAUCAAAGGCCAAGGAGCUUUCCUGAAUCAGACAACCCGUCUGCCACUCAAGGGCUCUCACGUUGAACCGCUGGCAGGGCUGAAGAAUGCAUUGAUUGCCGUGGAAUGGGGCUCAGAUCGCAGUGGCACCAACUGGGAGACCAAGAUCCGGACAUUCGAGAAAUUGGGUCAGUCCCAGGAACACGGGGGAGCUAUGGUACGUGCGAUGCGGAGCUUGGGCUCUGCGGCGCUGAACCUGUGUGCGGUUGCCGACGGCACGCUGGAUAUGUACUGGGAAGGCGGAUGUUGGGCCUGGGACGUCUGCGCAGGAUGGGUCAUCCUGUCUGAAGCCGGUGGCAUCAUGGUAGAUGGCUCUCCCGGAAACUGGGAGCCUCGCUUGGACGGAAGGAAAUACCUUGCGAUCCGCGGGUCGCCCGAAGGAGCGGGACAGAAGGAACUGGCAGAGGAAUUUUGGAGUUAUAUCCAGGGCCCAUUGCAAUAUUGA